CUCCAUCCAGGCAUCCAAUCCAGUUGCAGUCAACAUAAUCAUAAAUAUUUAAUUUAAGUUGUCAAUCAAAUAUUGCAGCAAGUGACAUAAAAAAUUCGUGUUCAACACAGAAAACUAAUCUUAAGACUAUUUAGAUAAAACAAACAGCAGGAAAAAACUGUGAAGUUGUUAAUAAAUUUCUAAUGUAAUCACACAAAACAGAUGAAAUAUGAAAAUUAAGUAGAUAAGAAGAGAAAACAUUUUCACAUAAUAUUCAACAAAACUUUAUUAAAGUGAAUAUAAGCAACCAUCAGGUUGUAAAUUUACUAAUGUGGUUGAAGAGAUAAGCAUCGUCCUGUGCAGAAAGUUGUUUUAAAUAAGAUAAAGUUAAACUAGCAUCAUAAAAAUCAAAAUGACUUACAGUUUGUUAUUCCUACUUCCGCUUAUGAGCACAUUUUUUGGAUUUGUAGCUAGCUUAGAAGAAGAUUGUGUAGAUUUUCAAGGAAAUACGGUCGCACACGGGCUGCUAUAUGUUCCAGGCCCGGGUGUUUGCAGUUUGUGUGUUUGCUAUCACUCUGAACCACUCUGGUGUAAAUCGAUAUACUGCGACCCUCCAUAUUUUUGUAAAAAGUUCCGAGUAGGUGAAAAGUGCUGUGAGUUUGAAUGUCUAGACCCACCAGGAGAAAACGACAAGUAUGAGGAGCGCAUGAGACAAAAAGAGAAAAUCCUUGCAGGCACGAGUUUCGAGCCAUCGCUUAAGCCUUUGACAUUUCCUGUGAUUAUCAAUAUUGAAAUUUUAUUGUACGCAGUAAAGAGAAUGUUACAAUAGUUUUGAAUCAGAUUAGAAAUUUGUUGACACGCAUUCAGAUUGUGCGGUAAAUGGGAUCAGUUAGACUUAUGUACAUAAAUGCUUCAAUGGAAUCGAUAAGGUAUGAAAGUCGUUCCUAAGUCUUAUGUCGAAUAGUUUAUGGAAGUUUUGUUUUAUUUAUUUUGUUUAAUGAAUUUCACAAGAAAUGCUAAUGAAGUAAUUAAGAAGCUCAAGAUAGCAGAAAUUUACUAGUCUACUGAUAAUAAAUUACUUUAAUAAAAUCUAUCUUUAACUUAUUGUACCUUUCGAACCAUUACAAGUUGUUUUAUACAUCAAAAUUUUAAGUCAAUUAAUAAUGACUUUUGAAAAUAAGUUAAAAUUAUGUUUCUAAUCUAAUCUAUUUUAAAUUCUUAACAAUUCAAAAGAAGAAAACAAAGUUAAUUAAUUAUCCACUGCAGACACAUAAAACUAAGCAAUGAAAUCUUUUAACGACAUUAAACAUUUUAAUUAAUUACAUUAAGAUAAAGUGUUGAGAACUUUGUUUCAAUUAUUUUUAAAACAUCCAAUCGUCCAAAGAAUUAAAGCACGUGUCAACUACAUAUCGUUUGCUAGAAAUGGAUAUGGAAUAUUCUGUUAAGUUUGAGGAACUAAUCGAUAGAAAGUUUUUAUAAAUCGGCCCAAUAAAAUUUAAUAUCAUCAAAUGUAAUCGAAAAUUAUUGAGAAAUAAAACUUUAAAAAAAAAUUGUAUAAUUAAUAGAAUGUCGAAAAUUACUCUAUGAAUAAACAUUCUAAAAUUAAAAUGAAUAAAAAGGUAUCUAUAUAAAUCACAAUAUUUAUCAGAAAAAUUGUGAUAAAAUUAAUAAAACUACAAGGUAUCAAAAUAAAUACCAAGAGACAACCUUUUAAAUUCUAUUAAAUAGUGAUAUCAAUUCAAAAAAGUUGUUCCCUCUUUUUGCAAAUUCUGCUGCUUAAAUACAGGUUUUUAUUACACAAACCUUCUAGAAUGAAAGAAAAUGGCAAUAAAAAACUUACACAGAUAUGCUAAUAAUACAAUGGAGAUUUACAUUUUUAAGUAAUUUAAUAAAAAAAUACUUCAAAACUAUAUGAUUAAAUUUCACUUAAUUAAAUUUGUCUCAGAUUUCAAGAAAAUGUAUUCUUAAUCUUUCCCUGAAAUAAAUAUGAUAUCAAAUUAUAAAUAUUAAAGAGUUCUUAAUUGUAUUUAAUUAUGCUAUGAGUAGCAGUUCCUUUAAUAUUUUUUUCAUGAAGGAUAUAUCUCGACACCUCAACUU